GUAAACAAUAUUAGAAUCUCUUCCCAGUCCAGUAUCCAACGAGCCUGUAAAUACUCCACAUAUUUCGCCAGUCAACACCCCAAACGCCAUGACACCCAUUAUCCAUAAACUUUUCAACUUCCGCCGUCCUGGCUCGCUUCCACCGUAGCGCCUAUGCCGCAACAAUAUCCCCAUCCACGCACCAUGUCCCCGGCGCAACAGGCCCCAUAUCCACCCACCCUCCAUGAUCGCAAACCAAGAACCCACUUCCCAGCCCACCCCCACCUCCGCACACCACAUCGCUCCAUCCACGGAACACCCCCUGAACGGCCGAUCGCGCACGCAAUGGUCGUUCUGGUAGUUCCCGGCGGCAGUGGCGACAGCUGUGGUAAGCACAUCAUGCCGGUCGCCACGGUGUGGAGGAAGCCGUACGACCAGCCGGAGCUGUCCACUUGGCCUCAGGUGAUCAAUUGGGUUGGGGACGCAGAGGAAGGAGCCAGGGAUGCAGGGCAGCCAGGCAGAAGAGUCGCCGGUGACGUAGGGAGGGGUGGCGUUGUCUAUGGGGGAAGGGGAUGGGGAUGGAGACCAGGUUGAGAUAGGCGGAGGCAAGUCCCAAGAUGAAGAGCUGGGCGCCGUUGGGGGGAGUGUAGGCGUUACGGUGACGGUAGGGCCCACGCAGGCGCACUUGCGGUCGAUGAUAUCUCACCAGUAGGCGGGAGGACAGUCGCAGUCUUCGAUUCGCACGCAGGUGGGGGAUGGCCCGAAGGUGAUGGUCAUGGUCAU